CCUUUCUGUCAUAGCUGUUGAGAUCAGCUUUCCAGUUUUCGAAAAGGAAAGGAGAAGGCAAGACAUGACGGACCCGUCGUCAUCGUCGUCGCAGGCCGACUCGCUGCCGUCCAAGAUCCACCAGACGCCCUUUCCGAUGCCCCUCCCGCCCCGUCGCCGGCAUCGCGAGGCCCAGAUCGAGCGGGCCUAUGAGCUGCAGCGCUCAGCGGCAAUACGCGGUGCGACAAUCUGGACCUUCAUCGGCCUCUCGUCGACUUUUCUCUCCCACCACCUCUUCCCGCGCUUCCGGGGCCAGACGCUGGCCUUUAAGGCCUUUCUCGUCUCGGGCUUCACCAUCUUUGGCUUCGUUGUCGGUGCCGACACGGUGCUGCUCAACCACGAGGGAGCGCAGCGGAGCGAGGAGGACAUGGUGAGAACCGUCGCAAGGCGGGAACUGGGAAGAAAGGGCAUCAUUGCGAGCGAGGCAGAGAUUGAGCGGUGGAAGAGAGAGACGCGCGAGAGGCUGCUGAGGGAGCGAGAGCAGCAGCAGCAGCAGGAGGGAGAGGCCCAGACGACGGCACCUUAGAGCAGUCAUGGCCAUAGGCGUAGAACGGCAAAUUUGUACCAAUUGCAACUCUAAUUCUUCAGACAAGGCACG